GUUACCACACAGAGAUUCACAGUUCAUACCUGCACGCUAGCCUGUUGUUUCCAGACCUUCCUUUCAAAUUAAAGGAUCUUGAUUCCCAACCGUAUUCCAGACCAGCAUCAAACAAUGAAUUUCUCCUCUUCUCCCUCCCCAUCCUUCUCCUCUUCUCCCUCCCCAUCCUCAUCCCCUGGCUUAUCUCCAGUCCUGGGCACUGUCAUCCUGACCUUGGCAUUUGUUCUGGGUUUCCCCGGGAACUUGUUUGUGUUGUGGACAGUGUUGUGUCGUGUGGCCCGUCGCUCUGUCACCUGCCUGCUGGUCUUGAAUCUGGCCGCAGCAGACACCCUGGUUCUGCUCACCACUCCCUUCUUCAUGCGUUACGUCGCAGGGGGGCAGGGAUGGGAGUUUGGGAUAGCCUUCUGCAAGCUGGUUCAUUACUUCUGCAGUGUCAACAUGUUCACCUCCAUCUUCCUCAUCACUGCCAUGAGCCUUGACCGCUUCCUGGCCGUGUCCCGUCCCUUCCUGUCCCAGCAGCUGCGUACCAAGAGGGCCCUGCUUAAGACUCUGCUGGUCAUCUGGAGCUUGGCUUUCCUCUUCGCAAUUCCCAUGCCCGUCUACCGCAGCGUUUUUCCAAUUGGAGGAUUGUUUUACUGCAUACCAUUCCACAGCGAUCCAAAGCACAUGAUUUUCCAAUACCUGAUGGAGACCAUCGCUGGGUUUCUGAUUCCCUUCACCAUUAUCCUAUUCUGCUCUUUAUACAUUUGCUGGAAAUUGAGAAGCACCGCGUUUGAGAACAAAAGCAAAAGCAGACAAAUUAUCCUUUCUAUUGUGGUCGCUUUCUUUCUCUUCUGGAUGCCCUACCACAUUGUGAACCUGAUCCAGGUUUCGGGUGCUUUAGCUGGGGAAGAAUCAGUCAAGAAAGCCCUCCUGGAUGUUGUGGACACCACCAAACCCAACGUGACGGCUUUCGUGUUCUUUAGCAGCAGCAUCAACCCAAUUCUCUACGUCUUUGCCGGGAGCUCUAACAUCCAGAGCGACGGCCUCAAUUUCAUGGCUGUCAUGUUGGAGAAAACCAAUUCCGAAAUGCCGGGAUCAAGGGGUUUUUCCCAGCCAAGAAGAGAUUCACCAGAGAAUAAAACACUUUCCCUGUCAACUUGAAGCAACCCGAUGUCUACCGGUAGAGUAGAGCCUAAUUGCAGUCUAGAAUUUCACAGAAUUUCAACUAAUACCUGUGGAGAAGACAAAUUGGAAGCUCUACUGAUAGAAACUCAGUGGGUUAUCUAGCCAUGUUGUUAAUGCUGAAUUCCUGGGAUCCUUUAAUUUGUGUGCCAUUAGAUUGCUGUUUUUUCACUCAGGAUCAAUCAUCUAGAAGCUUUCACAGACAACAUGUGGUCGGUGGUUCUAAUUUCAUUAUGUUAGUGAUAAAAUACCUUCAUGUGACACAGCUGUUAGACCUAAUUUACACCCUGCUUGAAUGCUAGCGCUGGCCAGCGUUAUGAAGCAUACUGUACCAGGCGUGUGGGUAACUUGAAAAAUAUCUCUUGGCAAUUGAAGCUAGACUUACUGGUCAACAGUUUAAAAUCAAAGGUUUCUAUGAUGAUUGAUCUUUUUUUAAAAAAAUACCUUCUUGUACAUGAAAAGGAAUAUAUGGUGAACUGUCUAUGGCUCCAUUAAAUCAUAGAAAUUAAUGAAGGCCUGGUAAAACAAGUGAGGGGGAGCAAUAAUAACAUAGGACCAUAUUUAGAUUUAGUAAGAAUGCCAUACGUCUGGGAAAAUGUUUACAGCUAACAAUGAAUGACCUUGGCCAGAAAGCAGGUGAUCUAAAAACAGGAUUUUUGUAAAAAGAGGGAGGUCACGUUUAGUUUAAAGCAUUGAAUAGGUAAAAUGGGGCUGUUAUAUUGACUAUGUUCUUGAUAGACUGGAUUUAAGUGAAAAUAAUUGGAUCUAUAAUUGUAGACUUAGAAGUUUGCUAUGAAACUUCUAACAGCCUCUAUCCAAUACGUUUUAGUUAAUUUUUAAACCACAUCUAUACAUGUAAUAACCAACUUACUAAGGAGGAUGUCUUUUGAUGUUAAAAGGGAAAUAUAUUUUUAAUCCAGGAUUGGAAUAAUUGAACCAAAGUAAGUGAUAUAUAUUGAACACAUCUUUCUAUAUGUAUUCUUCUAUAAUUUUUCACUGUAUUGUUUUAUGCAUUUUUUUACUGUAUAUCAUGUAUUAUGCAUUUCAUUGUAUUUAAAGUAAUAUGGAUUUUCUUAUGGUUACUUCAUCUUGUAAAGAGCUUCGUGAUGGUGGUCCACUGUGAAAGGUGCUAUAUAAAAUGAAGAUUGAUUGA